AUGCAUGUAGAGGAACAUGGACAUGAAAUUCUUUACAUUCAACAAAACAAAAUAACUACAAUAAAACGAGGGACAAUAUUUCCUAAGAAUUUCACAAUAGAUGCAUCAAGAAACCCUUUUGACUGCACAUGUGACUUGCGUUGGUUUGUGAGGUGGCUCAGCAACGUUGAAGUCAUCCAUCCAAAUGAUACAGUUUGCUCACAAUCUUCCAUCAAAGACAUGGUAGAUUCACCACUCCUGUCAUUCAAUCCAGAUAAAUACUGUGGCAUCAAUAUCUUUCUUAUCACAAAUGUGUCUUUGACAGCUAUUCUGGUUGUAGCACUUUCCUUGUUCGCAUACUGGAAGCGAUGGUGGUUCAACUAUAAGGCAUUCCUUCUUAGACUUGCCAUCUGCGGCUACAAGGAGAUGGUCCAGGACAUUGAGGACCAGGACUAUGAGUUUCAGCUCAAUCUGAUGUUCCAAGAGGAAGACCAGGAAUGGGUUGAUGAUGUCAUGAAGCCAGUUCUACAGGAAAGGUUUCCUCAUCUUGAGAGAGUGGUCUUUGGUGAUAACGACCUCCACCUUGGGAUGUUUUACAUCAAUGCUCUCCAUUAUGCAGUUGAGAACAGCUUCAAGAUGGUUCUCUUGCUAAGCAAUAAUUCUGUGCGUGAAGCCUGGUUUAUUACCAAGGUACGUAUAGCCCUAGAGGAACUCAAUGACAGUAGACUGGACAAGGUCAUAUUGUUUUUCCUUGAGGAUAUUGACGAUGAUGAUCUCCCAUACCUGGUCAGGUUGUUCCUGAGUAAGAACAAACCUUACAUGCUGUGGACGGAUGAUGAGGAUGGUCAAGAACUAUUCUGGGCACAGUUUGAGAAGAGCAUGAGGUACAAUAAGGAACUCAAUAGUGUUAUCCCUGUUUAA